UUCUUUCUCCAUAUUUGCUAAAAAGUUAUACUAUCAUCUUCCUAUAAAAAGACGUCUUCUCCUAUUUCUUACCUGCAACAUACUUUUGAUAAGCUAAUCUUUCCACUCUCUUCAUGGCCACUCAAGAUUCUCAGGGGAUUAAACUCUUUGGCAAAACCAUUGCAUUCAACAACACUCAGACGUUGAAAAAGGAACAAGAGAUCAAACAACCUCCAGAGUCGGAGGCUACAACAGCCGUUAGAUCAUCAUCAACGUCAUCGGAUCUGACGGCGGAGAAGCGUCCGGACAAGAUCAUACCGUGUCCAAGAUGCAAGAGCAUGGAGACAAAGUUCUGUUACUUCAACAACUAUAACGUUAACCAGCCUCGACACUUUUGUAAAGGCUGCCACCGUUACUGGACCGCCGGUGGUGCACUCCGGAAUGUUCCUGUCGGUGCCGGUCGUCGGAAGUCCAAACCACCAGGCCGUGUCAUGGUCGGUAUGCUUGGGGAUAGUAAUGGUGUCCACCAGGUCGAGCUUAUUAAUGGACUGCUCGUUGAGGAAUGGCAGCAUGCCGCAGCCGCAGCUCACGGUGGUUUCCGGCAUGAUUUUCCUAUGAAAAGGCUCCGGUGCUACUCCGACGGUCAAUCGUGCUGAUGAUUAUUAGUUUUUUUUUUGUUGGUUUGUUUUGGUUUUGGGGUUGAGUGGUUUUCCUAUAAACCCGUAGAAAGAACGUGGUGAAUUUGGUUGCUAUUGGGUACAUACAGGCUGUCACGUUAAUUAAUUUGCCAUUUGUCAAUCAGUGGAAUCUAAAUUAGUACUUACUCUAUUUUACUA